CCCCCCCCCCCCCCCCCCCCCCCCCCCCCCCCCCCCCCCCCCCCCCCCCCCCCCCCCCCCCCCCCCCCCCCCCCCCCCCCCCCCCCCCCCCCCCCCCCCCCCCCCCCCCCCCCCCCCCCCCCCCCCCCCCCCCCCCCCCCCCCCCCCCCCCCCCCCCCCCCCCCCCCCCCCCCCCCCCCCCCCCCCCCCCCCCCCCCCCCCCCCCCCCCCCCCCCCCCCCCCCCCCCCCCCCCCCCCCCCCCCCCCCCCCCCCCCCCCCCCCCCCCCCCCCCCCCCCCCCCCCCCCCCCCCCCCCCCCCCCCCCCCCCCCCCCCCCCCCCCCCCCCCCCCCCCCCCCCCCCCCCCCCCCCCCCCCCCCCCCCCCCCCCCCCCCCCCCCCCCCCCCCCCCCCCCCCCCCCCCCCCCCCCCCCCCCCCCCCCCCCCCCCCCCCCCCCCCCCCCCCCCCCCCCCCCCCCCCCCCCCCCCCCCCCCCCCCCCCCCCCCCCCCCCCCCCCCCCCCCCCCCCCCCCCCCCCCCCCCCCCCCCCCCCCCCCCCCCCCCCCCCCCCCCCCCCCCCCCCCCCCCCCCCCCCCCCCCCCCCCCCCCCCCCCCCCCCCCCCCCCCCCCCCCCCCCCCCCCCCCCCCCCCCCCCCCCCCCCCCCCCCCCCCCCCCCCCCCCCCCCCCCCCCCCCCCCCCCCCCCCCCCCCCCCCCCCCCCCCCCCCCCCCCCCCCCCCCCCCCCCCCCCCCCCCCCCCCCCCCCCCCCCCCCCCCCCCCCCCCCCCCCCCCCCCCCCCCCCCCCCCCCCCCCCCCCCCCCCCCCCCCCCCCCCCCCCCCCCCCCCCCCCCCCCCCCCCCCCCCCCCCCCCCCCCCCCCCCCCCCCCCCCCCCCCCCCCCCCCCCCCCCCCCCCCCCCCCCCCCCCCCCCCCCCCCCCCCCCCCCCCCCCCCCCCCCCCCCCCCCCCCCCCCCCCCCCCCCCCCCCCCCCCCCCCCCCCCCCCCCCCCCCCCCCCCCCCCCCCCCCCCCCCCCCCCC